GUUUACCUAUGUUUACAAACGCAAAUAAUUUAAACUGUAAACAUGGAUUCAGGACCGCGCGAGCUUUCUUUGGCUGAAAUUCGUAGUUUUAUGCUUAAAAAUAAUUGUAAAGUGACUAACCACGCAUUGGUGAAACAUUUCCGUGCAUUUUUGACGAACAAAGAAACGCAGGAUGAGGCCCGAAAAGUCUUCAAGAGUUACGUCAACACCUUGGCAUCAAUCAAGAACGAAGGUGACGAAAAGUUUCUUAUUUUGCGCAAAAAGUACAUUAACGAGUGCCCUAGUGAAGAUGCCGUGAAUGUGAAUAUUCCGAUGAGCCCGGGCUCACGUUCGUUAACAGCAGUUCUAUCGGAUGGUGAAAAUUCACCAUUUAAAUUACCCCCACCUUAUCGACCUCCACCAGAAGUUCUCGAUCUAAAUAACCCAUAUCAAGGAAGCCCUCGGGGAAGCAUUGCUUUAUCGCGGAAGAAUAGCUCCGACACCGGCCGCAGUGGUUCCGAGUACAGUUUCAGCAGUGAAUUUACCGGUAGUGAUUCGCGUAAGAUCGGUUCGUCGUUAGUUAGAAGUGAGAGCAGUGAUUCUCGUUUACUUUCGGAAGUAUCCAGGAAGCAGAGUGUUGAAUUGUAUCGUUUCGAUAGUCAGGAAGAAUCAGCUCCGGCUAUACCGCCUCGAAAGCGCACAAGUGUGGAUCAAUCAACCGGACAGUUGCGACAGUUUUCUAUUGAAGAAAAAAAUCGUGAACCCAUCGCAAAUAUUCCGAUGACCGCGAGUGAAUCUGAGCACGAGUCGAACAAAGAGAACGAGCAAAGCACCACAGUGGGCGAUGAUAAUGAUAUUAAAAAUGCUAACGCUGCAAAUGCCGAGCAGCAGGAGGAAAACAAACUGAGCGUCAAAGAGAAGAUGAUGAAAUUUAACCGCUUUGCCUCAGAAGAAGAGGCAAAAGUGCCUUCGCCAAUAGGCAAAAAGAAACCGGAAAAGAGCCCUGAUGAAACGCUGAGUUCGGAGAAUCUGCUUCAGCAUCCGAAAGCCAAGGAGUGGUUGAUUGCUGCAGCCAACGCAAACUACCAGGAGCUGGCUAAACUAUCCACCGACUCUCCGAAUCUGGUCAAAUUGCAGGUGAGUAAUGUCCUCAUGAAUAAGGCCUCAUAUCAUCGAUCUGUUUUGGUCACGGAUUUACCAGCAUAUCCAGCAAAUAUUAAGUAACUGUAUUCGAAAUAGUUGUAUGCAAAACGAGUUGCUUAUCAUGUACAGACAGGGUUUGGUAAGUGAAACGAAUACAUUUUUAUGCUGCUCAAGCCAUCGAUGG